AUGAUGCCGGUUGUACCAGCAAAGAGUCUUGCUGACGCGUCGUUUAUGAAGCCGACAAAGAAGAAGGAGACUAAGAAGCAUCUUGCUGAAGAAGCGAGUACUCGUCGCCGGAAGAUGGCUGCAUUUGACAGAGUUUGGGGAUACCAGAACAACCCGGUGCGCGCAAUGCUGACACGGACACCCCAGUUGAGAGCGAGAACGCUUGCAUCUUCGCAUUCAAGCUUCACAGAAAACAAGGACGAAGCCGCAGAAAAAGAACCGGAUGUUGGAAAAUCCGAUCGCUUUCCAAGUGACCGCGACGACAUGAACGGAGUGGACCCAGUGAUGUCCCAUGCCCAGGCCUUAUGGCAGAAUACCAGCGUUACAGGGGCGGCAUUGAUCGACAUGAUCAGCUACGAUUUCAAGAGUUCUAAGCAAAAGAAGAAUUCGCACUUCGACUUUCUGGCUCGAUUGCACAAAGAGCUCAUUGAAGAGAGCGAAGACAGUUUCACGCAAACUCGAGUCCCUUUCAGGGAGAAAGGGCAACCAGCGGCCGUGAACGGCCAACAUAAUCCAGUUCAGAUGUCGGAUACGCGGGUGAGCAUUGGCGUUCAGCGCCUACGCCAGCGCCAAUGCAAGGUGUGCUCGGUGUAUAAACCGCAGGACAAACACGAGGAGGAAAUUUAA